AUGUCGGACACCCGGUCCGUCGAAGCAGGUUCAUCGAGGUCCAGGCUCACACAGCCGAGCGAUCGCAGCCAGAUCAUAGCUGCGGGUAGCGAUGUGGCAAAUGGCAGCCUCGUUGACCAGGCUGCUCCGAAGGCAGCCGCAUCGUCAUCCGGAGCGACUGCCUCCUUCUUUCCAACACCUGCGCUUGAUCAUGCAUUUGCUGGCAUCGCAGCAGGUGCUGUGGCGACCAUCUGCAUGAAUCCGCUCGAUCUGAUCAAGACAAAAUACCAGGUGGACACCUCUCGUCCGCGCCCGCUCGGAUUCCGACCCCGUGCUGGUGCACCGCUCUAUUCCCAAGCGGCAUCUUUGGCCGCUGAUCGAUCGGCUGGUUCAAACACGAACUCAUUGGCGGCGGAUCUCAAGGGCAAAGCCCGCGCCAGCGACCUCAGCUCGACAGCGCAAUCCCAGAUGGCACGCGCCGCGCCCCGUCGUGGAUGGAGGUACUAUGCGCUGGGCGGCCAGGUUGGCAACGACAUGAUCGGCGCGCUCAACGACAUUGUCAAAGCUGAUGGCUGGAAGGGGUUGUACCGCGGGCUCAGUCCCAACGUAGCGGGUAACUCGGCGUCGUGGGGAUUGUACUUUCUGUGGUACACCAUGAUCAAGGAGCGCAUGUCGGCGAGCAAUCGCGACCUGGAACUCAGCACGGGCGAAGUCAAGAAACUUUCGGCGGGCCAGCAUCUCUUGGCGGCGUCCGAGAGUGGAGCGAUUACGGCGCUCAUGACGAAUCCGAUCUGGGUGGUCAAGACACGCAUGUUCACCACGCCCCAAUCGACUGCCGCAUCGACGGCAGCAGGCGCCGGCACAGCGGCUGCACGUGCGCCGCCCGAAGUGUACCGCGGGCUUUGGCACGGGCUUGUGUCGAUCUACCGCACCGAAGGCUUGCGCGGAUGGUACAAGGGUGCAGGACUGGCGCUCUUUGGUGUCUCGAACGGCGCGAUCCAGUUCAUGGCGUACGAGGAGCUCAAGAAGUGGCGCACCUCGGUCGCGGCUCGCAAGCAGCAGCGCAGCGAAGGCCAUACACGGCCCGUGGAUACGAGCAUGAUCAAGCUCUCGAAUGCAGAGUACAUUGUCAUGUCGGGCGUGUCCAAGGUGGCGGCCAUCCUGCUGACGUAUCCGUACCAGGUGGUGCGGUCGCGCAUCCAGAACCAUGCCACCUCGCACAUCUAUCCGAACAUCAGGACGUGCAUGCGGCUCACGUACACGCACGAGGGCGUACGCGCCUUCUACAAGGGACUGGUGCCUAACUUGGUGCGCAUUCUACCGGGCACGUGCGUCACCUUUGUGGUGUACGAAAACGUCUCGUGGGCGCUCAAGGGUCUGGCGAGGAGGAGGAUUCAAAAGCAACAACUGCAGAUUGCACCGGAUACAGACGUUUCGCUCUAG